GUUUGUACACACAUUGGAAACGGAUUGAACUUCCUACUGCAACUUGUGUAUGCAUUCUAGAAUAUUUGAACAAAUAAUGUCAACGGAAAACAAAUUCAAAGUAAUUGUUUUGGGAGAACGAAACGUUGGAAAGUCCACUAUAAUUACAAGAUUCAUGUAUGACAAUUUCGACCAUGUCUAUAAGGCCACAGUUGGUAUUGACUUUCUUAUAAAGGCGGUCAGCUUGGACAACAGUAGUGUACGUUUACAAAUAUGGGAUACAGCUGGCCAAGAACGUUUUCGUUCGCUAAUACCCUCUUACGUUCGUGAUUCAUCGGCAGCGAUAGUGGUCUAUGAUGUCAACAAUAGACGAUCGUUUCAACAAAUAUCUAUGUGGAUUAACGAAUUACGAACACAAUUGAGUAUGGAUGUGGUAAUAAUGUUGGUAGGCAAUAAAACGGAUCUCACAAAUGAAAGAGAGGUCGAAACCGCAGAAGGCCAAGACAAAGCCAAUGAAUUAAAUGUCAUGUUUAUGGAAACAAGCGCGAAAAAUAGUAACGAUAUAAAGGGACUAUUUCAACGUAUGGCUAUGGCACUGAAUUUUAAAGCAAACAGCAUGCCACGAAUACAAGAGGAAGUAGUCAAGUUGGAAUUUCAGAAUGGGAACGAAACUUUAACAAGUAGAAAAUGUUUUUGCUGAAUUGUGAUAUAAACAAUGUUUGUGUCAUGGUGAAAUAAAAAAGGUGAAGCCAUUUCAAAUAACACUAUCCGUCUCUGCAUUUUGUGUAAUUUACCUUGUCAAA